AAAAAAAAUAUAAAUGAAGCUUUUAGAUAUUAGUGAUCAGUUUUAAAAAUAAAUGUUUCAAAAUUGUAUAUUACCUAAAGAUAAGAUGCAAAGCACCAUAAAGGAGCUUCUUGACGCUUUGGGAUGUAAUUUAGAAGCAGAUACAGUAUUAGACUAUAUUCAAAACGAUCCUAAUUAUGGGAACAGUAAUCUUUCUUCGAAACAAGUGAAUGAAUACGCACAAAGAUUGGCGCUUAAGGCAUGUAACGCAAAAGCAUUUUUAAAAAAAUAUGAAGAUUUAAAAAAUCGCAACACUGAUAACUUGUCGGAUCUUGUACUACUAUUUUAUAAAUUGGUUUGUGAUGAGAAGAAAUCUCGAAUAUCUAAGCCAAAAGUAGCUCCUAAACCUAUCUUAGGUGAUAAUAAACAUCAGAUCACCAAAGAAGAUGUGCCACAGAUAAAGGAUAAACUGCUUAAAGCUGUAGAUGAAAGUAAGAAAUUAGUCAUGAAGUCAUUUGAAGAAAAAGAGUCUAAGUUGCGUCCCAAUUGGUACAAUAGCCUUGACUUGCCAAAUUGGCAAAAAGAUCAUCCUGCUAUGUCUUGGGAUUUUCCCAAGGAAUCACUACCAAUAAUGUUAUCUUUAUCCGGUAUUCCUGUCGCAUCUCAAGAAAAUAUAAUAAUUGAUGAGCUUUUAUAUGUCUUCUCUGGAAUUUCUGGUAAUUUAAUCGUUCCAAAACCAGCAAAAGACACAUAUGAUCCCCGAACAUUCAUAAUAUCAGAUGACUUAGAUGACGCUCUUAAACAAAUAGUGCAGCAGAUGUUGCCACUGGCAUCAAACUAUUCUAUAGUUCGGAGAUUUAUAGAAAACUGUAAUAUGUGGUCUGGGCAAGUUUUACAUGCUUUAGUGGCUGCUAUUGAAGUAUUAUUAAAGGAUUAUUAUACAAUGAUAGCCCAACUGGAGACAGAACAUAUGUCGAGUAACUUGACAUUACAGAAACUGUGGUAUUUUGUGUUACCUACCAUGCACACUAUGCAGAUUUUAGCAGCUAUUGUUACUAGCAUUGGAAAGAGUGAACUAAGAGGGGGGGCGGUGUUAACAGUGCUUCAUGAAAAAACAAAUACAUUGAUGGGAGAUGCACGUGCACAAGAAAUAUCUUUAUUUCUUACCGAGCGCUCCUGUCGGCCUUAUCUUAGCAUCUUAGAUCAAUGGAUACAUAAGGGAACUAUUGUGGAUCCUUUCCAGGAGUUUAUGAUAGAAGAUAAUGAGCUGAUAAACAAAGAAGAGUUACCUGUUGACUAUUCUGCUGAUUACUGGGAGAAACGAUACAGUGUUCAAAGGGACAGGGUUCCAAAAUUUCUGGAUAAAUUUGCUGACAUAAUACUAAGGACUGGGAAAUACUUGAAUGUCAUUAGUCAAUGUGGAAAAUCAAUAUCAAAAUCAAACACUGAGGAAAUAAAAUAUUCCCUAAGAGAACAAAACUAUGGUGCCAUAAUUCAAAAAGCGUAUGCGUUUGCGAGCAAGUCUUUAUUGGAAUUAUUAUUAAAGGAAUAUGAUUUGAUGGGUAGAUUGAAAUCCGUUAAGAAUUAUUUCUUAAUGAGUCAAGGAGAUUUUAUUGUGCAAUUCUUGGACGCUACAGAACAAGAGCUAUCGAAGAAAAUUGAUGAUAUUAUACCAUCAAAACUGGAGUCUCUUUUAGGAUUAUGUUUGAGGCUGUCCGCAGCAAGUCAUGAUCCUUAUAAUGAAGACAUGAGAGUGGAAUUACUUCCUUAUGAUUUACAGUUCCAAAUGUUUAAAAUAUUAUCAAUUGAAACGGAAGAGGAGAAAGAGUACAAACAAAAUAAGGACUGUCUACCAUUGACUGGAAUUGAAACAUUUUCAUUUGGCAUGGAAGUAAAGUGGCCAGUUUCACUGAUAUUGAACCAUAAGGCCAUAGCAUGCUAUCAGAUGAUAUUCAGACACCUCUUCUAUUGUAAGCAUGUGGAAAGAUUGCUUUGCAGGGUGUGGCUGUACAACAAGGUGGUGAAGCGCUUCUCGGAGGCGCGGCUGUACGCGGACGCGUUCGCCCUGCGGCAGCGCAUGCUGAGCUGCGUGCAGCACCUGCAGUACUACAUGUGCGUCGAGGUCAUCGAGCCGUCCUGGUGCCAGCUCAUACAGAGCCUCGACAAGGUAAACAAUGUAGAUGAGGUUUUGGAGCGGCAUAACGACUUCCUCGAGUCAUGUCUCGGUGACUGUAUGCUGACAAGUCCGCAGCUGCUGAAAGCUGUGACAACGCUUUGUCUUGUGUGCGUGCAGUUUUGCACUUUCAUCCAGGAGAUGCACAAGUACUUCGUGGACGCAGAGCUUAACAGUAUGCUUGGAUCAACGUAUGACAAUAUUGACUAUGGCGAGGGUGCGAACUGCGGUACUACCACUGGCGGCUCAGCGGAUUCUUUUUCUCGUUCAGUAUCUCGCUACGGGUUGAGAUUCACCGCUGCAUUGCUUUCUGUGCUCGCCUACAUCGAAAGGAUGGCUCGCGACAACAACACCAAUAAACUACUGAAUAUAUCCGCAAGAUUAAACUUCAAUACAUACUACGUGAAACAAUUAGAGAAGUUCUGCUCUGAUGACAAGUUACUGGAGGCAGACAAAAAGUCCUAGCGGUCAGCUCCGCGUGUCACCGCGGUCUAACUCUUCUAUAUACGAUUUUAACGAUUUUUUACCACGACA